AUGGCGGCGGCGGCGGACGCAAAGGGUCGCGGCGAGGGGAUCGCGAUUGUGUGGCUGCGCAGCGAUCUGCGCGUGCACGACAACGAGGCGCUGCUGCGCGCGUGGCAGGCGGCGGCGAUCGCGGUGCCCGUGUACUGCUUCGACCCGCGCUGCUUCUCCACCACGCACCACUUCGGCUUCCCGAAAAUGGCAGCCCACCGAGCGCGCUUCCUGUUAGAGAGCGUGGCAGAUGUGAGCCGGCCCCUGCACUUGGUGGGGUCGGAGCUGGUCUUGAGGGUGGGGCCGCCUGAAACCGUGCUGCCCGCGCUGGUGGCGGCUCUCAACGCGCAUCUGGUGGUGGCUCAGGUGGAAACAACAGACGAGGAGCUCAGGGUGGAGAGGAACCUCAAACAUGCGUUAAACAAUGUGACUAUAACGAGGGCCACAGGAGGCCCAACAACAGCUCAAGAACGGCCCGCAGCAGACACUGCCAACGGUCGCCGCCCGAAGCUGGAUCUGAUAUGGGGGCUGACCAUGUACCACGUGGAUGAUCUGCCAUUCGCUCCUGCCGCCCUGCCUGACGUCUACACACAGUUCCGAAAGGCUGUGGAAACCAAAGCUAAGGUCCGCCCGCCCCUUACCAUUCCUGCCAGCCUCGGCCCGUUCCUCUCUGGCGAAGCUAUUGACAGGGUCGGUGGCUUGGGCUCCAUGCCUUCUCUGGCAGACCUUGGGAUUGACGACCCGCCACCACAGGAUCCGAGGGGUGUGCUGCCAUUCAAGGGUGGUGAAACAGCAGCAUUGGCUCGAGUGGAGGAGUAUGUGUGGAAGCGGGACUGCAUUAAAGAGUACAAGCUGACUCGCAACGGCAUGCUGGGAGCGGAUUACAGCACCAAGCUGUCGCCUUGGCUGGCACAUGGGUGCAUCUCUGCUCGAUUCAUCCAUUCAGAGGUGUUACGGUAUGAGAAGGAGCGAGUGGCAAACGAAUCUACAUACUGGGUGCUAUUUGAGCUCAUCUGGAGGGACUACUUCCGAUUCCUCUCCAUCAAAUGCGGAAAUUCUAUCUUCCACCUGGGUGGGCCUCGCAAGCUGCAAUUUAACGGCCGAGAUUGGUCCACCGACAGAGCACUCUUUGAUGCGUGGCGGGAAGCACGAACGGGGUACCCUCUGGUGGACGCCAAUAUGAGGGAGCUCGCAGCCACGGGUUUCAUGUCCAACCGAGGCAGACAGAUAGUGUGCUCGUUCCUGGUGCGGGACAUGGGCAUGGACUGGCGCAUGGGGGCGGAAUGGUUUGAGUCGCUCCUCCUUGACCACGACCCUGCCUCCAACUACGGCAACUGGACAUAUGGCGCUGGUGUGGGCAAUGAUCCCAGGGAGGAUCGAUACUUCAGCAUUCCCAAGCAGGCGUCCACGUAUGAUCCCAAUGGCGACUACGUUGCGCACUGGAUCCCUGAAUUGGCAGCUCUCCCUCCUUCCCUUCGCCACUUCCCCUACCGCCUCGCUCCCUCCGAGCGAGCUACAUACAAGUUGGAUGCCGAAGGAUCAAAUUACCCCUUGAAGCCCGUGGUGCCGUUGAAAUUCGGCGGUGGUGCUGCUGGUGCUAGGGAUUCUAGGAACGUAGGACGAGGUGGUGGUAGAGGAAGGGGGUCUAGUGUUACUAAUCUGUUGACCGGAGAGAAGUUUUCAGCAGACCAAGCAGCACGCGAUCCUGCUAAUUUUUUCAAUCUCAGGCUCGAUUCUUGUCCUGCAGCCGUUUUGGAGGAUGGCUCUCGUGUCCUUUACUGCGAGCAGGUAUAUAACCUAGGCCUUCUGGAGGUCACCUGA